AUGGACAGAUGGACUGCCUCCUUCUCUCCUAAUUCCUUCAAAGGGCUUAUAGCCCCAAUUUGGAUCCGUAUGCCUAACCUUCCUCUUCAAUGCUGGGAUGAAAUUAAUGUUUGUAGAAUUGCUUCUAUGGUGGGAAUUCCUUAUUUGCUGGAUGGAAAUAUGUUUCAAUGGAGUCGUAGAGAAUUUGCAAGAGUUUGCGUGAGAGUCAAACUUGAUGAAAAACUCCCUUUGGGAGUUUGGAUAGAAGGCAAGUUGGGAAAAUUCUACCAAAAUAUUGUAUAUGAAAGGCUUCCUACAUUUUGUUUUAAAUGUUGUAAAUUGGGUCAUUUAAAGGAAGAUUGUUUGGAUAAUUUGAUUCCUGCUAAAAGUAAUCUUGGAGCAGAAGACUUGGUCAGCAAAAAUGAUUAUAAGCCUGUUCCUAAUUCUAAAGCUCCAGUGGGUGAUUCUAAUAAUGAAGCUGAUAAAGAUCUGUAUGGUCCAUGGAUACAGGUGGAGAACAAAAAGAGAAAGGCUUUGAAAACCAAUUUCAACCGAGAAGAUGUUGGAAAAAGUAAUUCAAUGAUAGAGGUAGAAGCAAACUCUGUUAUUAGUAAUAACAUAGAAUCAGUUGCUGAAGACAAAUUGCCUGAGACGGAGGGCAUUAUGAAGACUUCUUGUGGGAAUGAAACUGUGGAAUCUGAAAAUGUAAGGGAAGGAACAGAUAUGCUCUGUCAGGGAAUUGCUGUAGAAAUCAAUGCUGCUGGGUUAAAUGAAGAUUCUCUCAACAACAAAUUUGAAGUCUUAGGUUCAUUGGCUGAAGAAGGUGAGAUUUUGGAAGGUAAUGUAACUCCGGGGAUGCUGUGCUUGGAGGAGGAAUCUAAUUAG